UCAUGGCAAGAUCUGAUUACUCAAGCCGUGGUUAGCUUAGGUCAGUCAGUGACUAGUCAGCCAUCAGUCAGUAUUGCCAUCAGGGACCUAUCUGUAGAGCAGGACACCAUGGACAGCAUGUUGUGGGCAGUGGCUGGGAUUCUGACCGUUCUACUCACAUCUUCUGUUAGAGCCGACUCCCUAUCCUCCUCCUCCGUCUACUACAACACCAAGACGACAACAACCACAUCCACAUGCCACACCAGCACCUCCCCACACUUACCGCCACUGGCCGCUGAUGUCACGGAACCAAGCAGUCCGCUGGACGAUAUAGGAACCUUGACCUUGACCUAUGAGCCCAAGCGAAUAAUCUCGAACGUCACGGAGUUUCUGGACAUCAACUGCACCUUCGUUAAAAACGGGACCAGGGUGGACAAGGUCAUGGCUAUCGGGAUCUUUCGGAUUCGGGACAAGAGUCCAAAUAAGGGCAAGGAACAGCUGGCAUUGGUGGGGCCUCGUGCUUUGAACAAAACUUUACCAAAGCUUGACCUUCUUGGGGAGCUGAAACAAGAUGGCGCCUCUUUUCUGAACGUCCGGUACAAGCUCCCCCUGGAGGCUGACCUCGGGACCUUCAGGUGUAAGGUCAUGGCACAGGACAAGUCGGGCGAGCCGUUCACUCAGAGCGCCAGGGUGGGGAUAGAGGCGGAGACAAGCGAGCCGAGCGUGGAGCGUCAGAUAGAGGCCGUCAGACAGCAGCUGGAGAGGGCGAUAGAGAACCUCAGCACCAGACUGGCGGUCGUGGAGAACUUUGAGCACGGCAUCAACACCAGGAUCUCCAGGACCCUCACCUCGCUGUUUGACGCACCCCUCCAGCAGAAAUCUUUGAGCUUUUACGUUUCUAAAAAUAACUUCCAAGACCGCAACACCGCGGCAGCGACAUGCGCCAUGUUGGGCGGCCAUAUUGCGGAGAUCGAGAACGCCGGGGAGCUGAAGGUGAUCGUCAGCUUUAUGAUGGUCCGCUACAAGCACAUCGACGGGCUGCUCAUCGGCGCCGUCUACGACAAGGAGCGGUGGGUGCACCAUCACGAGGUCGACGACCCCCCCUACCUGGACUGGUGGGCAGGCGAGGCGCCGGUCAAUCAGACGGGGCGGUGCGUGUUCUUGUGGCGAGCCUAUAACUGGCAGAUGGCAUCUAGGCCGUGCCAGAACGACGACUCUGUCACCAAAUUUAUUUGUGAGAUUUCUAAAGACGAGAAGCAGACCAAGCAUUGAACACAUUUGUCGUCUUGCUUUUCUUACCUUAGGAUCUUGUCACAUCAGUUUGUGUAUAUUUGUACAACUACUUGUAACAUGGCUAAAUGUAUAAAUAUAUAUCACGCUGUCUGUAUAAAACUUUACACA